UCUCUCUCUCUUUCUUUCUCUCCUCUCCCACGUCACCGUUCAUCACUACAGGAAGUUGAGGACGACUACAUCAGGAAUGUGGAGGAAACCCCAGUAUCGGAUGAAACUGUGGACACCACCAAGGAUCUGUGCCAGAAGGUGAAGUGUAGCCGCCACAAGAUCUGUGUUACCCAGGGUUACCAGAGAGCAACGUGUGUCAAUGUCAACCGGAAGAAGCUGGAGCACAGAAGCAGACAGCCUGUAGAGCUGAUGCCUCAUGAGAACACCUGUAAGCCCUGCCCUGUGGCCGCUGCCUCCCCUGUGUGUGGUACGGAUAAACACAACUACGCCUCUCAGUGUAAGUUGGAGCAGCAGGGCUGUCUAACAGGGAAGGAUCUGAGUGUGAAAUGCCAGGGCAUGUGCCCCUGUGCCACCGCUGCCACCCCCAUCACAGAGACAGAGGACAAACACGGCAAGUACACACACACAAACUCACAUGCACACACACACUCACACACACUCAUACACACAAAGUAGCUCCUCUCUACUUACAUACAGUCACAGCAGUGGGUAUCCUGCUACCUAACAGCUGUUAUGUCAGUGUGUGUUG